AUGCCAGAAUCAAACCACGCCAUCGUCUUUGGCGCCUCUGGCCUGCUCGGCUGGGCGACAGUCGAGCAGCUGCUCUCCAAUUACCCCUCCAAGGGCUCCUUUGAGAAGGUCACCGCUGUGAUGAACCGCCCGCUACCAGAUUCAGACUCUUUUUGGCCACCAGCGUCGCCCAGCAGACCCAGAUUGCAGAUUGCCUCUGGUGUCAAUCUUACUGGGACGCUGGAAGACCUGACUUCGCAGCUCAAGGGCAAAGUCGAUGGGACCGAGGGCGUCACCCAUGUAUUCUAUUUCGGUGAGAGUUGUGUCCUGUGUGUCUUCAAUCAGGGCGAUGGGGACGAUGUUGCCGAGUGCGAAACCAACUGUGGCAUGAUGCAGACGGUGGUUGACGCGGUCACAUCGUUGUCGAUGAACCUCAAAGCAUUCGUCUACUCUGGCGGAACUAGGGGCUACGGGAUCUACACACCUGGUGGAACUUUCAAGCCCCCCUUGGAGGAAUCAAUGGCAGACAACCUCCCCGAAGACUACGAAAAGACCGUCGCGUAUCCCUGGUGGCGUAAGAUCCUCUCAAAGGCGAGCGAUGGCAAGCCUUGGAUCUGGUCAGAAGUAUGCCCAGACGCGGUAGUCGGAUUCUCCCCGAAUGGAUCUGGCUUCUCGUUGGCGCUCCACUGGGCGCAGUACCUAUCCCUCUAUGCCUACAACCACGGUGUGAGCAAGAACUCCAAGCCCAGUGUAGAGGUUUCAUUCCCUGGAACCCAGGCGGGAUACAACAGCCUUUGCACUCCCGUCUCUUCUCGGACUCUCGGUCGCAUCGCUAUUCACGCCUCGCUUCACGGGGACAAAUGCGGGGGAAAGGUCAUUAACAUGGCCGACAGAGAGCAGCCUACCAAGUUCAGUGACCUCUGGCCGUCGCUCGCUGAUUGGUUCAGACUGGUUGGUGUUGGUCCGAGGGAGAACGACAAUGCAGAGAAACCCGGGGAGCAGACAUUCGAGGAACAAGGCUGUGGUAGGGCUGUCACUGCUGGCGUGGGGAGUGGAAGUGUCCAGCUUGACAGCGUCGGGUACUGGCUGUCCUUCGACAGACAGCUCAGCUUGCAGAGGCUGAGGUCUGUGGGAUUCACUGAAGAGAGAGACCCUAUUGAGGGCUGGCUGGAGGCGUUUGAGAAGUUUAGAGAAGCGGAUAGUUAUCAACUCUCGACUCAACCCCAUUAUCCUUCAAAACCUUGGCGUAAAUCAACCCAUCAUCCCUCAGCGGGUCUCGAUCGCCAACCUGGAUGUACAAAGUUCUCCUCCAGUGACGAAACUGUUUACGACUAUCGAUCAGCGGGAAAACUGGCCUCUCUCGGCGAGUAUAUCUUGGCAACGGCUUGGUCUUUGGCCCUGUACAUGGCACAUGCAUGCAUCGAAGAAGUGUAA